AUGUUUACAUUACGAACGCAAGCUAACUUUCACACUAUUCAGCUUUCCAUGCGAGGAACUAAUAGAAACAAAGCUGGAGAACAAAGUUGGAGUUUACAGAUUGUAGGUCAUACGUUAUGGAGGGGGCACAGGGAGAGGAGACGAAAUCCGGUGGGGGAAUCAUUCUUUUACCGCGAACUAACUGGACAUGCGGACGCGGGUACAGCAGUUUCUUUCUCCCAUAGGUUCGAUUCAGUGCGUAGAGAUGUGAGUGCGAGGAGAAGGUGCUUCCAAAGCGGAAACGGAAAGGUGUGGAUGGUAAUAGCGACGAUGAGCAGGACGACGUGAUCUUCGAUUUGAAGCGGGCAUCGCCACCGGUUGAAGCACCAUGU